ACGAGGGCGUUACUUUAUGGAAGCCAACAAAUCGCAGAGACGUAGACAGGGCAAGGGUGAGGGGAGGGAUUCAGCGGGCUGGGCACGCAUGACGCAACGAUCAUGCAAGAACGGCUCCACAACGGAGUACCUCUAGUGCUUCCGUUGAAAUAGCAAACUUUGUUGACACUAGUUCACUUGGGUCCUAUGACAGAACAAUGACAGAGAGCACAGAACAAGCCUUUGAGCUUGAGUUUGACGCUGAUGGAGACUCCGCUGGACCAAGCCGCGGCCAAAAGACCGCAGGAACGGGCAAAAGAUACAUUGCAAGUGACGAUGUGCCAGCUGCUCCUAUGCCACCUGCAAGCGGCGCAGCGCCAGCAGGAAGGAGACCUGCAGCCGGGAGAAGCACGCUAAUCGCGGAGGACCCGGAGAAGCGGCGCAUUGUUGGACAGCGGAAAGCACCAGAAGCCAAAUCGCAGCGCACUGUGUCCGAGUCCGAUGGUGGGGCGAAGGAGGAGGUCCCGGGGCCGUCGCCCGCAGUGGCGGGCAGCCCUCCGCCCCCGGUGGCGUUCGAGGGCAGCGGCCUCCAGGAGGCGGGCACGCUAAAGAAACAGGCGGAGGAGGAUGACGAGUUCGACUACGCAUUUGAGGGCGGCAAGCGGGAAGGGGAGUUCCACAAGCAGGUAUAUCGCCCGAAAGCGAUGCCGGCGCACCUUGUCAGCAAUGUGAAGCAGUCGCUAAACCGGGAGGUGCUGGCGGAGGAGGAGGAGGAGGAGGAGGUGGAGGAGGAGGACCAAGAGGCAGGCGAGGUGGAGGAGGAGGUGGAGCAGCCGCGCAACACGGAGGAGGAGGUGGAGGAGGAGGAUGACAGAAUCCAGCGCUCUCGCACCCGGCCUGAGGCCGGUCUAGUCCGCUCGCCUGGGCUGCCGGCACUGCUGUCUGCGGGGAACUCCGGCGCCGGGAGCAGAAGAGACGUGGCACCGGCCAGCGGUCCGGGGGGGCUGUCGGGCGGGCGCCGGGACAGCGGCCUCAGCGGCGGCAGCGGUAAUAACAGGCACAUCAUGGCCGAGCACGGCAGUACCGGCCCCGUGCUAAGCGGCGCCGGUGGUGUCAGCAGCAACGGCGGGCUGCCGGCGCCAGUGUCGGAGCGCGCGUCCGAGGGGUGCGUGAGCACGUUCGGCCCCAUCAGCGACGCAGCUGGCAUGGAACUGGAGUCCAUCACAAUGGGUCUGGCAGGCAGCCAGAAGGACGCCAAGCCGCUGGGGUCCUGGACCACAUUUGCGGUGUCAGAGGGCCAGAUGGACACCCUAGGCGACACGGAGGUUGCCACAAACGGCGGGCCGUCUGGAGAGGGGGAGGGCAGGGUCUCUUCGGAGCCGCCGGCGCCGGUGACCGCGGUGCCGCUGCCGCCCAAGGACGGGCCGGCGCAGGUCAUCAAGCACGCGGUGCUGCCGCAGGCGGAGGACCUGCCCUCCUACAAGGUCAUGCAGGCCCUGCAACACCCUCCAUCGGGGCGGACCAGCCUGGAGCAGUCGGUGGUGGCCUCGGCAGCAGCGGCGGCGGCGGCGGGGCUGACGGCAGGAACGGCGACACCGGGGAGUGGCGCGACCACUGCCGAAGCCGUACACUUGCAGCGGCCGGUCACGGAGGAGGCACUCGCUGCAACACGCGAAGCCAUCGCUGCGGCCACCGCGGGGGCGAAGGCAGCAGCGGCGGCCGCGGCAGCAGCUGCAGGGAAAGGCGUUGCAUCAGCGGAGCAGCAAGCCGCAGCCGCCGCAGCCGCGGCCGCAGCUGCCGCCGCAGCCACGGCCCCCGCCAACUCAAAUCGCUCGCAAACGAGCCCCAGCGCGGCAGCGGGGCCCGCAAUCCCCGCGCUCAAGCCGCCAGCAGCAUUGCCGCUGCCUGCCAAAUCCGCUCCCACCACAUCACCAGCGGCUGCGGCAGCUGCAGCCAAGCCGGCGGCUGCUGAGCCGGUGGACGAGUGGGACGCUGCCAACCUGGCUCGGCAGCAGGAAACGGAGCUGUCCACGGGAGGCAGCGUGACAACGGCUGCCGCGGCGGCGGGCACAAGGCUGACCUUCACGGACGCCACCAUGUACUUUAUGGGCAUGGACACAAGCGCGUUCCGUGGGCCCGUGUUGGCGUCGCUACCGCCGCCUCCCGGCCUCUGCGCGCGGCUGCUGUGCCUGGCGCCGCCGGAGCUCAAGCCGCCGGCGCUGCGCGAGCAGCAGCUGCAGCUGCUAUGCCUUGCUAAAGUGUCCUUUGACAACGCCAACCCGCUGCACGCGCGGCUUCUGGGGUCCGUGUAUGCCGCAUUCACGGGCAAGAGCUGCGACCAGCCGCGCUUCGGCUCCCACUGGGCCGACGUCGGUUUCCAGGGCCAGGACCCGGCCACGGACCUGCGCGGCUGCGGCAUGCUGGGCCUGUUGCAGCUGUACUACCUGACACAGUGGAGCGUGGCGGACUCCUUGAAGCUGUACCGGCUGUCGCGGCACCCGGUGCAGGAGUUCCCUCUGGCCAUCGUGUCCCUCAACGUGACCAAGUGGACGCUGGUGGCGCUGCGCUCGGGCGGCCUGCACCGCGCCGCCAACGCGCGCGGCUCCGUGCUUGAGGCCGCCAACGACUUCUUCGCGGGCGGCAUGGCCACCUUCUACACCACCUGGCUCAGCCAGGGUGCCACCAUGGCCGACAGCGGCCACGUGCUCAAGGCGCUGGAGACGCUGUCACAGAAGAAGCCGGGCGUGUUGCUGGAGGCGGCACAGCGGGCCAACCUGCCAGAGCCACCGGCGGGGGCGUGAGAGCAAACUAGCUCGGUGGCGGCGUGAGCAGUGGGAGCUGCGUGAGCAGUAUAGCUCCGAAGCAUGGCGGUAACAAUAAGACGUGAAUGUUUUUCGGACCAAGCGUGGGGUGUGGUUUACAGAUAAUGCGUUCCGCUUGUGGUGUCCUUGCAAAGGCACGCGGUUGUUCUGCAAUGCAUCCAGCAUGGUAACUGCAAUGUGUGCUGUUGCAUGGUGGGGGCUUUGGACAAGCUUCGGUAGUAGGCGUCUUGGGGAAGGGUUCGAGAUGAAAGAUGAUGCACUUGCAUGGUGGGUACUGCCGCGCCAAUGCGAUAAGGUCAGUGCUCAACGUGGCUUGGCCACAAUCAAAGGCGGUACACGCAGCUUGAUACAGUGCCCUCCACGGGUGCGACAUGCCCCCACGGUAUUAGGACCAUCCGUCUCGUGAUGGAACAUGGCAAGGGGCAGGAAAGCGUAGUCCCGAUGUGUGUGGCUCCCACCCGUGCCCACAUAAAUGCGUAGCAAGAAGGGACAAGGCAUUGGUGCGUCGUUCGCGCGCUGUUACUGUACCGACGGUAGCUGGCAGGUUGUGUCGAUGUUUUGCUGACGCGCAUUCCUCACGCUCCGGGCGCCCGGCCAAGGCGAUAGCACCACACAGACUCAAUGCGACGCCACACCGCGCGGAUAGCAUAGCCGAUGCGCACCUGCAGGCAGUCGACCGGCGUCCACGGAUGAGCUGUGUAGACGA